AUGGACGUAACUGGCGAGACGUGCGGCCUGAAGCUCGUCAACCAAGUCUACGACCAAGCAGACAAGUGCAGACUGUGUUAUGACAUCGACAAGAAGGCGCGCCGCCUCACCAAGAUGAACCGAGACAUUGAACGAUGGAUAAAGGAGGGAAACCGAACGGCAACGAUCGAGCGAACAGCGGCCGAAGCACAACACGUCGAGGCUCAGAUGGCCGAGAUGCACCGCCAACACUGGAAGCGAGUACAAGGCACUGACUACUAG